AUGGGCACAAAGUGGGCAACUUCAAAUGAAGAGAAUCAUUGGCGCCGUACAUUUUGCCAAGUGCCAUUUAAUACUAUCUAUGAACAUGCAGAUAAAGGAAAGCGUAGUUUACAAAGUCUAGUGGUGUUCUUUCGACGCAAAGCACAAGCAGAACGUGGUGCAAGUGAACAGCUUCGGGAGCUUUUGUUGGAAGAGAUUGGUGCUCUGGAGGAGCCCGGAACGGGUGUUCGACGCGCUUUGCUAGAGCUUAAAACUUUUGUCGAUGCUACUUGUAGACAGCAGCUACUGAUGGCGCAAGUGCUGGACGAGCAGGUAGCAGAACCUCUGGCGUCGCUGAAAGAUGCAUCGGAAACAUACAUUCAAACACUUCAGGGCGAGAUCCUGAAUGCUAAUAAUGAGUACAAAGUGGCUGUUGCUGCUCAUAAAGAGACGAUAAAUCGACUAAAUAAAGCAACGAGGGAGCUUCGAGAAGCCCGAGAGAAACAAAGACUCGCAUUGCAUGGCAUUGGUGUGCCAGUGUUUGAAUUGCAGAGAUUGGCGACUCGAGUUGCAAAGUGCGAGGAAGAGCAGGCUGAGGCCGUGAUGGCUCGAGCACGGGCAAAGAAGACGUUGUAUAAUCGAAUCAUAGCAAGAGAUGAGAUGACGAUGGCUGUGAGUGUCGCGUAUCAAAAGGCAGAGGAAGAAAGACUAGAUCAGCUAAUUGUUAGUCUUCGUCGGUUUCUUCAUGUUGAAAAAGAGCGACUGCAGGUAUCGCAACAAAUGUUGGCGUCAUUGGAGACUCACGUACAGAGUUUAAGUCGAGCAGAAGACAUUCAGCUGUUUAUACACAACCAGCGUGAUCCUGACAACAUGCACUUUCAGGGCAAAGCAUUAGCGUUACUUGAUUGGCAGUGGAAAAAGGCACAAAGCGAUCGUGGAGUGACUUCAAGGCGACACUUGCACAAUCAUUUCGAACAACAGGGAAGCAUUGAAAGCGGCACGUUGGCCUCGCCCACAUCACCGCCGGGUUCAAUGGCGACGCCCUUAUACUCGAAGCGUGGACAUGCUACGGAAACAACAGUGACGGCUUCACCAGACAGCCCCCACACUGUUCUAACACAGAAUCCGAUGAGUGCUGCGCUUCACCAGUUUUUUGCUGAUGAUAUCGAUAGCACAGUUCAGAACAGCGAAGAAAAUGGUGAAUCGUUGGAAUCACAAUCCAUUGUUGAGUGUGAGAAGCUGAGUUUAUCGACUGAAGAUAUUAGACAGGCUAGAGUCUCAGCAGAAACUCUUGUGCGCGAAACCUGCAAGACAACAGAGGGACGUGCUCUUUUCGUCAAGUGUUUAAAUCGACAGCGUAGCUUAGAAACCAAGGUGAAGGACGACGAGAGCUUUGACACUUUAGUUGCGUGUUUUAAUACAUUUCUUGACGAAUGCGUACGCGAAGACGAUGUCAAGGCAGCGAAAACGGCCAUGAUCUUGGCCGAGACAUUCUACGUUCCGAAAAAUAGACAGAACAAAAGUCGAUCACGACUAGAUGAAAUCGAACAGGAGCGAGAUAAUGUGUUAAUGGGCUGUGCACACUCAAAAGAGGAUGAAGAUGACGAGUUGAAGCGACAAUCCUGGCUUUGUUCUGAUUGUAGGGGAUAUACCGAAUGUUCAAGUGAGGAAUUGCUUAAACAUGUUGAUGACACUCACCCCCUACUUCAUGGAGGAGGAACUGAUCGAGGAGCUACUCGGACAUAUCUCCAAGAGGAAGUCAAGAAACAUUCCAUAUGGAAGACUCCUUCGUUCUGGGAGAAAGCUCUUUUACUGGCGAUUGGAGAGGAGCUGCAACGAACCCCUCAACCUUGUCCAUGGGAAGAACUUUCAAGUGGUGUGGGUAAACACGACAGUUUGCCAUCCCGUGAAGAAGCCGUCUGUCGCGUGCACAACAUAGUCUUUGGUCAGCUGGGCUCGUUUACGUUGAGUAUGCUCGAAUUUGAAGUACCACUUAUACAGAUUGAGUCUUUCGUGGAAACGAUGUGCGAUGCCCAUGAGUUGACCGAGGACCAACGAUUUUUAUUGCGAAAAAAUUUGCAUGAGAUUUUCACAACGUUGAAGUGA